UCAUUUCCUGUUUAGUCGUGUUAUUUUCGUCACUUUGGUUCCUGAGCGGAAUUAACCAAGCUGCUAACUACUCAUCAUGAUCAGAAACUUGAUUUUCCUCUCAUUUCUGGCUAGGGGAAUACCCAGCGUGACGCCUGUGAUUCACACCCUGAAGUAUUUCAAGAUUGUCACCUCUGAAGUUCCAAACUUUGCAGAGUUUAGGAUUGUUGGAUACGUUGACGAUGUCCAGAUUCUUUCCUGCUACAGCAAGAAAGCAGAAGCCGCACAGGACUGGGUGAACAAAAUCACUGUUGAUGAACCACACUUUUGGGAGACACAGACCCAAGAUUGUGUUACUCGGGAGCUGAUCUACAAAGCGAACAUUGAAAUUCUUAAGUCCCGCUUCAACCAAACUGGAGGUAUACAUUUCAUGCAGAAGCUGUAUGGCUGCGAAUGGAACGACGAGACCGAUGAGGUUGACGGCUGGGAAUAUGACGCUUAUGACGGAGAAGUGGUAAUAGCACUGUCGGACGUGAAGACGAUGACAUGGACGGCAGCCAAACAAGAAGCCUUCAUCACCAAAUUGAAGUGGGAACGCUUGCGCCGCGAAUACUGGCAGUAUUACUUCACGGAGAUUUGCCCUUCUUGGUUGAAGAAGUUUGUAAAAUAUGGGGGUGAUGCCCUGAAGAGAACAGAGCUUCCAACGUUGUCCUUCCUUCAAAAGAAACCGUCCUCUCCAGUCACUUGCCACGCGACGGGUUUCUUCCCCGAAAGGGCUGCGUUGUUCUGGAGAAAAGAUGGCGAGGAGUUCCAUGAGGGCGUCACUUUCGGUGAAACCCUCCCCAACCAUGAUGGAACCUUCCAGAUGACGGCUGACUUGAACGUGGAGUUCACCGAUGACAGCGAGGGAAAGUUCGAAUGCGUUUUUCAGCUGGCUGGUGUCAAGGAGGACCUUGUCAUCAAGCUGGAGAGACGAAACAUCCAGAGCAAUGGAAGUGAUGAAGAAAACAACUUGGCCAUACCCGUCGUCGUCACGCCGGCGGUCCUUGUGCUCGUGAUCGUCAUCGCAGCCAUUGUCAUCAAGCGUCACAGAAAAAGAUACGGCUGUAACAGUCGUUUUGUGCGAGCAGAGACUGAGAAUGUUGAAUGAGACGCAACCGAUCACGAACUGCUGAGUUCGCUCCAAAUGUUCUGAUGGCUUCGUGUGAAGAUGAUCUUGAACUUGUCAUCCAUGUUAUUUACAAACGCUCGUAUUUUAA